CUUUGUCGAAUCAUCAUUGACGAGCGGUUACAGAGGCAGGAGGGUACGACCAGCGGAGAAUUGAAACCCACUGAUAUCUGUAACGCACAAACCGAGAGGAGGAGGCUUUAUUCUGAAUCGAUAAAUGUCUGCAGAGGGACACCGGUCCAAACAUCGCUGAUGACUCGGAGAUGGGACAAACACAUUAGUUGUUGGAUGCAUAUCGCCAUGAAGCCAGCUUCACAUUUCCAAUGCAUUGCUUUCGAUUCCCUGCAGCCUGCAGCACGGACUGUUUAAGUUAAACGGCUACAGGGGGCUGAUCUGCUCUGACUGACAGUCCUGAUAUUUCCACCUGGACCUGGUGACAUGAGAGGCUCCAGGAGACGCUGAUGGAGCUGCAGGAGUUGGGCUGGCUGUGUCUGGUGGGUCUCUUUCUAACCUCCUUGCUCAUUGUGCUGGGAUGGCUGUGUCAGUACUUGCUGACCGUACUGCGUCUGUGGAGAUCCAGGAAGACAGCAGACAAGCAGGACAGGAAGGGACCAGCCGGGCAGCAGCUCCCCGUCACACAGCCCCACCAGAGCCUGGCUGGAGGUGUGUGGGGAUUCCUGCUGAAGCUCCGCUUAGGCCGGGAUGGAGGACCUAUGCCCGAGGCCGGGGUGAAAGGCCUGUUGACCUCUCUCUUCUCCUUUAAGUCCUUCAGGGAGCACUGGCAGCGGACCUGGGUCAAAGCUCUGAAUGAGCAAGCCUGCAGACACGGGAGCUCCAUCCAGAUCACUUUUGACAGCAGUCUCCAGUUAACUGCUGCCUCUGAAAUAGAUAGUGUGACCUGCACUGACAAAUCGGCACACCGAAUGGUUUUACACUGUAAAUGUUGGGUGGACACAGUGACGUUUCCUGUGACGGUCACUCAGCAGUCACCAGCUGCCAUUUCCAUGGAGACCUAUCAGAUCACUAUAGCACCAAUGGUGGCAAAGGUGGUGGUGUGUCUGGAGGAGGUGGAGGACGAGGGUCUGCUGAUGUCCUGGACUCUUUCCAAGCAGCCAUCAUUUACUCUGAGCGUGUCUCCAUGCAAGCUGCAGAGACAAGGCACUGAGGGGGGUGCAGACCUGGACACGAUUAAGGGGCUGGUAGAGGAUACUCUGUUCAGCACUCAGCCGGCCAUGGUCCUCAACCUCAAGACCUGUGCAUCCAGUCCUCUGGCUCCCAUGGACCAUCUAUCAGUGAGAUUGAACUCUGUUUCCCAGAGUGUCUUAGUGAAACGACUACUGCUCCGGCAGCUCAGGGCGACCUUAAGUAAAGGUCAGUGGUCUAGAUCGGGGGAGCUGUGCUGUGUCCUGAGCCUGAACCAACCCUCCACAGAGAGGUCAACAUGCUUCCUGCCUGCGCCCAGCAACCCCAACGCCCCGGUGGAAUGGAGUGAAGAAAUCACUCUAGAGCCGGGCCUAGAGACCAAAGAGCUGAGAGUAAGACUUCUGGAGCGGAACGGCAAAAGGGAACAAUUCCUGCCUGGCCACGCCUGCAUCGCCGUGGACCUCCGGUGCAAAGUUCCCACUGGACAGCAUACGCUGUCAAUAAGCCCCGGCCACGGCCUGGCACCCAACGCCACCGUCACAGCAGAGCUGCUGUAUGUGGAAACAGAGGAGGCCCGCAGUACCCACAAUGCUUUGCCGCUUCGUUCCUCACUCACCCCCACCAAGAAAGUCGAUGUGGACCGAACCAUCAUGCCAGACGGAACCAUAGUCACCACCAUCACGACCGUCCAGUCUCGACUGAAGCUGGACCGCAGUCCAGGUGAUUCCCCUUUGCGUUCGCCGUCCAAAGUGGAGGUGACUGAGAGGAAACCCACUAUCCUGUCAGAUGGCAGAAGCAGCACCAGCCCCAGCCCCAACCUCAGCAAGAGCAGCCGCCUCUCUAAUGGCCUGGAUCCUGUUGCAGAGACGGCCAUCCGGCAGCUGACAGAGUCCGCCUCCAAAGUAGCACGGAAGACGCCAACCAAGAGGAGCACGCUGAUCAUCUCGGGCGUGUCAAAGCAGGUUCCACUCUCAGAAGAUGACUGCGCCUUAUCCAGCGGCUAUGCGGCAGCCAUGGACGCAGCCAUGCAGGGCAACCAUUUCGGGGCGGGGCAUCACCAGGACCCAGAUGAAACCACACCCUCCGACGUGUCGGAGCGUCCGUCAGUGGACGAUGUGGAAUCAGAUACUGGUUCCACUGGUGCCUUGGAAACCCGCAGCCUCAAGGACCAUAAAGUGGGCUUACUACAGAGUGGGACGAAGCUGCUGUUCCGCAGAAGACAUCGAGAGAAGGAGUCCUGCCUCAGCCAAUCCCAUGAGGACAUCUCCAACAUGGGCAAUAACUUUGCUGCUGCCACCAACAUCAGCCGUAAAAAGUCUGCCAGCUUCUCCCGGCGUCUCAUCAAACGCUUCUCUUUCCGCUCAUCAGGCAAAUCGAAAGGCAAAGCUACGAACGGAGGAGCGAGUUCACUGGAUAACUGAUUAUCAUCGAGAGGGUCGGACAUGGGUUUUAAGGCCUCUGUUAUUACUGUCAGAAGAACAACUCAACCUUACAAGAGUCUUCGACAGGCUGAACACCGCAGGCGGGUUGUCACCUGUACAUUCCUCUGGGAGGGCUUUACUCUGGAGAGAAAUCAUUGCACCUUCAGGAGAGAGAAGUCCUUUUUAAUCACAUCACUGAAGUUAAAAUGUGAUGAUGAAAUCGGUUUCUUUCUAGUAGAAAUCUGCUGCUUGAGGAGAAGGUAAUAAUCACAAUGAAAUGUCUUGUGCCCCGUUUGAACACAAACUAUAGUCGGAGUGUUUGAUUGUGACAGAUGGUGGAAUCGCUCUUAAACUUAUUCAUGAUAAAAAGAUGCCAGUACGAUGCUAUUGGUUACACUUUGGACUGUUUUUGUAACAGCACAUGUACAAUUCCUCCGUUGUAUAACGGUAAUUUAUUAUUGUGUGGUUCUCAUGAAACAAGUGCUAUUUAUUUUACCCCCCAAAAAACAAGUCAUUAAGUUGCAUUGCACUGUAAAAUAGAGACAUUGCUGUGUGUUUUUCCAUGCAAAUGUAAUUUUAAACACAUACUUAAGUAAGUUGACAAAAAAUCUGUCUUAAUCUAGCAGUCCAUUCAUAAUUGCUAAUGUAUUGGUUUUAGAAUGUUGUUCAAUGUUGUAUCUUAGAUAAGAAGAAAAGUUAAUAUAUUUAUUGUACUUUUUAUUUUAUAAAAGUACUUUCUGUGGAAUAUCAUAAUGCAUUUCAGUUUGCUUUUGAAACUACAACCAGCCAGGAUCUCUCGCAGGCUCUUCAAGCCAGGCAAUGAGUUUAAACUUUUUUCUGUCAGUAAAAAAAAAAAAAAAAAACAGGUCUUGCUCUCCUUGUGGCCCCUGUUGACCCCAAUGAAGUUUAUCACAUUAUCCACACACAUUAUGGAGACUUCAGUUGAUGCACAUGUGGACAUUACAAUAUUGCAAUAACUAUCAUUAUUGUGCAGCAACACCAUAUUAUAUAGUGCGAAAUGCCUCGCAUGGGUAGCAGGCAAAAAUCGUUUUACAGGAAAUGCUGACAUGUGAUCCGCUCAUAAUCAUAAACUAAAUAUAGCAAAACCUAUUCUGUAUUAAUAUUCAGGAGCAUUACAUAAUGCAUUUCUCAUAGACUGUAUAUAAGAAGGCAUUUCUUUUAGAAUAUAUGUAGGUCUCAGCUCUGCAGUUUAAAUUGUAAAAAAAGGAACUUUGCGGUCUCUGAAGGUUUCAGAGAUGCUCUGCUGCUGACGCUGACGCAUUAGGAGCAACAAUUGUCAAAGUUUACGACAAGGUGCUGGGUGGAGUGGAUAUACUCAGGGCUAGAAAUGAAACUUCAACUAGCAGCUUGAGAUAUGAGGAAACCUGCUGUAUCAAAAAGUAUGUAAAAAUGUACACACACUUUUGUCCAUUUAAGUUUUGUCAGAGAAAAUCUAAAAUAUUUCUACUGACUUCAAAACAAUAAAAUUAAAUGAUUUUGAUAACGUUUCCAGGUUUAUUUGCAUCAAUAAAAGGAAAGCUAAUAAAAGGGAUCACAGAGGUGGAGCCUGCAAACGUUUAAGAUAUGUAUGAUUUCUGUUAUAUUUGAAAUGUUUAAUUUAUUGCAAAUAAAUUAUUUUUGGAGCAUCAGUAGAUUA